UUCGUUCCAGAAUAAUUUGCACCAAACCCUAAAUCAAAUCUACAGCACUAUCUUGGACCGGUAAACCAUUUUGUCCGCGCCCUCGUUGCCUCUCUUCUCUCUCAGGAUCCGCCACAACCGCCGAUUGUUGACGCUUUUCCCGGCCGAGCUUCUGCACAUAAUACCGUAUUUCAAAUAUGGGGAAAGUGGCAAAGGGUUCAAGGAAGGGGAAGAAGGCGUGGCGGACGAAUAUAAGGACCGACGACAUCGAAGAAUACUUUGAGAAGGCAACAAAGGACGCUCACAGCGGCGUCUCCUCCACCAUAACCUCUCUACCCAGUGAAUCCCUCUUUUACGUCGAUAAAUCUACAGAUGUUCCGGUGAAACGGAAGAUUGAAAAACACAGGAACAAAGUUCUCCGCCAUGAGAGUUUGCUGCAAAGAAAUCCCUUUGUGCAACCUGUCCCAUCGUCAGUUUUGAAGAAGUGUAAAGAGAGGAAAGAAAGAAAAACAGUCAAAACUGAAAUCGGAGAUGCUUCAAAGACACAGGAUCCAGCAUCGCAACUUGAUAUAUGGAAUAAUAGAGGUGAAGCAAAUGCGAAGACCAAAAAGAAGUCAACUACUUUUCUCAUUCCGGCUGUUGAAGUGGAGCCACCUGGAUGCUCAUUCAAUCCUCCAUUUGAAGCUCAUCAGGAUUCAUUGGCUGAAGCUGUUGCUGAUGAAAUGCAAAAGAUUUAUCGAGAAGAAUUGGGCCCCCAACCUGUGCCGCUUAUCAUCCCGGGAGAUAUAAUCAAUGAGGAAGAUAAAUAUUUCCUUGAUGCAGAUGAUGGAAAUGAAAGCAAUGAAGAUCAGGAUAAUGUUAAUGAUGAUCUUCUUACACAAAGAAAGUCAAAAACAAAGAAAGUGACUCGUGUAGAGUUAAACCGAAGAGCCAAGCUUAAAAAGCAGAUGAAAGCUGAAGCAGAAGCUAAGAAACGAGAUGACUUGUCUAAGCAAAUUGAUUGUUUAUCAGAUAUAAUCAAGGAAAUAACAAAAGAAGAUGAGGAAAAGGACAGCCGGCAUCUGCGGCGGGUCAUCGCCAAGCAUGAAAGCCUUAAAGUCCGACCACCUCGCUUAGGAAAGCACAAAUUUGUACCAGCUCCAAAACAAGUUCUCUUAACUGAAGAAAUUUCAGGGUCCAUUCGAAAGUUGAAGGGUUGUUGCACCCUUGCAAGGGAUCGCUUCAAGAGCCUGGAGAAACGAGGCUUGCUUGUUCCAACAGCUAACGGGAGGAGGAGGAGAAGAGACGAUGAAGCUCACUACCUAAUUCUUUAAUGAAAAAGGUGCCAUGAAGAGACCUGCUUAGGGUUUUCAUAGAUGAUCUCAGUAAUUUAUUGAUCGAGAAGGCAAAGCAUUUCCUCUUUUGUUUCCACAGCUAAUGCUUAAUCUCCUGAUUUUCCUGAUAAUUAUUUCCUACAAGGAGUGGAAUCUGCUAUAGACCUCAAACUAACAUUAUUAUUAUCGCUGUUUUGAGAAUGAUUGUAAUCGAACUGUUUGUUGACAUGCAGAGAAUUGUUGAUUCAGGUUUAAGUCAGGUUUGCUCAAUGGAAUUGUUGAAUGGUUAAAAAUGAAGAAUUUAUAGAAUGGUGAGUGAUUAGAGAAAAA